GCUACAGUCGGGAAGGAACUCCAUACAAAAUUUUUAGUUCUAAGUUACACAAGACUGUUUUGAAGUUUACAACUGCAACAUUUUGAGGCGGCGGCUCUUGGAAGCAUUCUUGUGUUUUGUAGCGAAAUAUUUUCUUUUGUAUGACCGUUUAUUAAAAGUUUAAUUGUAUUGUCUUUUAAAGUAACGUUUCUUUAUUAUAACUUACAAAUGAUGAAAUUAAUCGAUCCAGUUGUUCGAAGUUUCAAAGUGGCUAAAGUGUUUCGAGAAAACACAGACAAAAUAAACAGUAUAGACUUUUCUCCUACUGGUGAAACACUAAUAUCCUGCAGUGAAGAUGAUCAAAUUGUUAUAUACGAUUGUGAAAAAGGCACACAGUUGAUCACUGUAAACAGUAAAAAAUAUGGUGUAGAUCUAAUACAUUUUACACAUGCCAAGAACACUGCCAUACACAGUUCAACAAAGGUUGAUGAUACUAUCAGAUAUUUAUCACUUCACGACAACAAGUACAUAAGAUACUUUCCUGGCCAUACCAAAAAAGUUGUCACUCUUUGUUUGUCACCAGUUGAAGAUGUAUUUCUGUCUGGAUCAUUAGACAAAACAUUACGCUUGUGGGAUCUUCGCUCUCCCAAUUGCCAAGGCUUAAUGCACCUAUCAGGAAGACCUGUAGCAGCUUAUGACCCCGAAGGCCUUAUAUUUGCUGCAGGAGUCAAUUCAGAAAGUAUCAAGCUCUAUGAUUUAAGAUCAUUUGAUAAAGGCCCUUUUGUUACAUUCAAAUUGAAUCAAGAAAAGGAAUGUGAUUGGACUGGAUUAAAAUUUUCACGAGAUGGUAAAACUAUAUUGGUUAGUACAAAUGGAUCCAUUAUUCGACUUGUAGAUGCUUAUCAUGGCACACCAUUGCAGACCUUUACAGGUCACCUUAAUAAUAAAGGAAUACCCAUUGAAGCAUCAUUUAGUCCAGACUCACAGUAUAUAUUCAGUGGUUCAACAGAUGGAAGAGUUCAUGUUUGGAAUGCUGAUACAGGUUAUAAAGUGUGCGUCUUAAAUGGUGAUCAUCCUGCUCCAAUACAAUGUGUACAAUUUAACCCCAAGUUUAUGAUGCUGGCAUCUGCCUGCACCAAUAUGGCAUUUUGGUUACCUACAUUAGAUGAUGUUUAAAAUUUUAUUUUACUAGUAGUGAAAAGCAAAGUGUUAUUUGUCAGUGUUUUAAAAACUGAAUAAGGUUUAAAUUAUUUUUUAUGAUUUAUGACACAAUGUUACAAACAAUAAUUUACUGCAGUUAGUUUGUGUUGCAACACAACUACCUACCAUUGGAUUAGUAAGUAAAUCAUUUUUAGAUUUACUUUAAAUAUAAAAAACAUGUAAGUUCUUAUAUAAAGCAGUCAGUUAAGGUUAAGAAUAAGAAUGGUCUAAACUACCAAUAAAAUUAUUUUUACCAGACUACUUUAUUUUAAAUUUUUGUUUGAUAAUAAUAAUUGAUAGGACCCCCUGCUAAUGAAAUCAUUACUUAUUUUAAAAGUAGUGAAGAUAAUAUAUGUAUAAAUGUAUAAUCGACCAUGACGAGUAUGUGUGUUUUUUAAAUGCACAUACGCAUCAUGGUCAAUGUACGUGUUAAGUAGUAUUUUUAUAAGAUUAUCAAUUUUCACAACAUUAUUAUGUGAUCUAUGGCAUAGGUAUAUAGGUACAUCUGUGAAAUUGUUUUAUUUGGCCAAAUAAUUAUUAUGAUUGUUUCUAAUCAAUUAGUUUUCAUCGUAACAUUAAGAUGUGAUUAAAAAAUACUUGCACUGUUGUUUGCAAUAUAUUAUAAAAUAUUUGGUGGAAAAUAUAAAGAAGUCAACCAAAUGUUUAAAUCAGCAUAAAUUAACAUCAGAAUAUUAUUUGUCAUGUAGUAAAUUGUAAUUUUAAUGAUAUCUUAAACUAUGUAUGUGAUGUAGCUACUCAGUAAAGUGUUUAUUGUAGUAAUCAUCACUACAUUUUUUCUAAUUGAACUUAAAAAGUAUGCAUUUAGUUUUCAUUCCAAAGGAACAUUCAGCUGUAAUUUGUACCAAGUAGGCAAAUGUAACACAAUGAUUUAAGGAACUUGUAAUUGUCAUCAUUUAGAGAAAAAUAAAACAAAAGAUAUUAAGAAUUA